GCCGGGAUGUUUGUGGCCACGCCGGGCGACCCAUGAUCGACGCUUGUAAGCUCUUAAGAAAGAUGCCACCCUCACCACUAGCCUUCCCUACCCUCCACCUCCCACCUCGCCCUCCCCCCUCCUCAUUCGCCAGCCCUCUUGUCUCCUCUCUACCUCCACGGCGCGCCCCGAAAAAAUUAUAUCCGCCUGAGACCGAGACAACGGUUUUUUACUUUCGUUUGUUCCCUCGAUUUUUGUUGAUUCUUCGUCCCAUCUAAUAUCGCCAUCUCGCACCACAACGCACCGACCACUUCAACAUGCCGAUCCAGCUACUACCCGCUUCGGCUGCCGCCUUUGCGCCACGCUCCACCGUCAACGUAGUCUUGAGCUCCAAAGCCGAGCCCUGGUUAACCCAGACCCUGAAGCGCGUCAACAGAGUGAAGCGCCCAUUGAACAGUGUUCAGCAACACACUAGAUGUCUAACCGAACUUCUGUCUGGGAAAAACGCUUUCUGGUCGCUGAGCUCCAUCAUGGUCCCGAAAGCCCCAGACUCGGAACUGCGCAAGGACUCUAACCCUCUGGUCGAAGCGCUGUUCAACUACCAGCUGAUCCACAUCGAGGCGUACGUCGUGCACGUUGACAUGGUGUCACAACAUGAGGUUGCAUUCAAGCUCACACAAGACACCAUCGAUGCGCUUAUCGAGUACCACAAGGACAUCUACUCGGUCGACGUUGCUGCCAGCACAUGGGAAUGGGCCGAGAAGGAGCAGCAAGUCAAGAAGCUCCAGGACGCUUUCGUCCAGGCUGUCAACCGUUACGUGUUCCGCACCGGCGCACGUGCGCUCGAGGGCAUGGAGGAGGAAGGCGCCGGAGAGCUCCUCGAGGGCCGAGGCGAGAAUGUCAAGGCCGCCGUAAUGGGCUUGUUCCAGCCGCUCCUGCCUCCCCCACCCAGGAUUGUCGACGUCGUCCGUCCUGCCCCUCUUCUUCCCAGCACUCCCAACGCCGUCAACUGGUGGCAGCCGACGCAGUACUUGUCGCCGCCCCAGAUGGACUCGUGGAAGGUUCUCCCCUCGACACCCAGCCCGACAAUCACCACCUGCAGCGAGCACUCGCCUUCCUACUGGAGCACCAACAUGGGAUCUCAGAGCAUGGAGCCCUUCCAGCUGCCCUCGCCCACUCCGUCGUUUAGCCAGCCAUGCUACAACUCGACGAGUGCGUACUACAGCCCGCCCCAGGCCGUCGCACCAAUUCCCUGCCUUCCUCUGCCGAGCGUGCUGGCCCAGCAAUGCGGGUCAAGCGCCUCGCACGGUGGAUUCGGAGGGUUCGGGUGGGACACGGGUUUCGCAACACAGUACGCAGCGUUCACAUAAGCGGAACACGUUAGUCUGUGAGACCCUGUCCCUCGGUCGAUGCCUGGAAGCGCGGACUUGGCCAGUCCCCUGAGCGCACCACCUCUUCGACACUAUCGGUUCGAGACAUCAGCGAUAUUCACCACAUGCUGUCACUGUACAGUACCAAGGCAUGGGACGGCGUUGCAUCAACAUUAGCGAGCGUUUGUUUUUCCUUUUUUCUCCCCUCUUCCCGUACAUCUCUCUUGAUACCUGUUUGAUUUUCCAGCGAGCGCUUUUCUGUGAUCAUAUAAUGCCUCCCAAGUCGGAUGGCUUCUUUCUUUGUUGCAUCUCUGGGAGGUCCGCAUUUGCUUUGCAUUAUCACGGAAGAC